AUGCCAUUUUGUCUCGGAAGUAAAGACGAAGAACCAAAAGACGAAUACGACCAGCUCCCCUUUGGAUUGAGAUGGCGCAUGAAUUGGGCGAAGAAAGAGACCGACCCUGCCACUGGGGAAUCUGUCCUGCGCCUCAGCAAUACUCGGAUCCUCAAGACGCAUUGUGCCAAUACCGAAUAUCAAGCCCUGAUGCUGAUCGAUCGACACACUUCUGUUCCCUCAUACAAAGUCCUCGCGGUAUACAACAGACCAGAGGGCAAACUAGUCGAGUACGAAGCUUACCCCGGAAAACCCCUGCAACAGGUCUGGCCGACCAUGUCUGCACAUCAGCAGAACAAGAUUGUGGCAGAUCUAGGGCGCUUCGUUGAGCAACUCCGCAAAAUGCAACCACCGAAACAAUGCGUGGUCGGGGAUGCCACAUUGGGAGGCGCACUGGACCACCGAUUUGGCUCCGGCCGCAUAGGGCCCUUCUUCUCAAUCGAAGCUUUUCAAGAGUUUGAGCGAAGAGGCCACCCGCCGGACGAUUUCCCGGAAAAGGAGAUUCGAAUGGUUCAUGCGCCUAAGAAACCAUACCAACUCAAGUUUACCCAUGCAAGCCUCUGUCCUCAGAAUAUCCUUGUGGACGACGCCGGUCGAAUAUGUGCCUUGAUCGGGUGGGAGUCGGCCGGAUGGUAUCCCGAAUACUGGGAGUACACUCAAAUGUGCCAUCUGACACCCAAGGUCAUGGGCGAUUGGCUCGACGCCAUGCGGAGAGUGAUGCCCCAAUAUGACCAAGAGUUGGCAUGCGAAGAAGCUCUCCGGGCCAGAUAUACCAGCUCCAUAUAUGAUGCACCGAGAAGUAUACGGGCUCCGAGUCCUUCCCCAAGUCAACUACAGGCAGAGCAACAAGAAAUCGACGAUAAGAAUACCGAGGAUACUAGUGGCUAG